UUUAGUAAUCCAGUCUGAUCGCCGAUCGUCUGGCUAAAACAGGACUUAAAAAGAACCAAGAAAUCGACUCAGGCAAAGCCUCUCGCUCACCUGAACACUGACAAAAUGAAAGCAAUAAGCCCAGUGCGGUCCUUCCGGAAAAACAACGCGAAUUUAUCAGAGCACUCCUUGGGAAUCUCUCGGAGCAAGACCCCGGUGGAUGACCCGCUCAGCCUGCUGUACAACAUGAACGACUGCUACUCCAAGCUGAAGGAGCUGGUGCCCAGCAUCCCCCAGAACAAGAACGUCAGCAAGAUGGAAAUCCUGCAGCAUGUCAUCGACUACAUCCUGGACCUGCAGAUUGCGCUGGACUCCAGUGUCGCACUAACCAGCCUGCAUCACCCUGCGCGGCCGGGGCAGGCUCCAUCCAGGACCCCUCUGACCACCCUCAACACAGAUAUCAGCAUCUUGUCAUUACAGUCCCCGGAGUUGCCAUCAGAGCUGAUGACAGAUGACAGCCGGACUCUGCAUCGUUAAAGCGGUGUUUGGUCAAGACGCAAAAACACACACAGGACCUGGGGAGCAGGACUUUCCCCCCCCACACACACACACCCACCACCCCUUCCAACCUCUGUCCUCCAGGCCUGGAUUUUUUUUUUUUCUUUUUUUCUUCUGACGCUGAAAUCAAGAGACUUUUGGUUAUUAUGGGACAAUCUUAUGUGAUGUGUUUUCUGUUUGGACACUUCAUUAUUAUUUAACUUAAGACUUUUUAUUUGUGGGUCCUUUCUGGAAAUGGAAGGCGCGUUAUAUUCCCUACAGUGGGAGGAAAAACGAGAUUAUUGUCACAAGGAUUAUUUCCCCCCUCACCCCUUGUCCUUCUCCUUGUUGAAGUCUUCGCUUUUUUGCGGAGGUGGGAACGUGAUUAGAAAAGACAACUUGGUUAGUUACUGUAAAAAGUUUAGUCUUGUCUUGUCAGAAUUGUUGGCACAUGAAGGACUGGACGUUGUUUAAAAAAAAAAAAAAAAAAAAGAAAGAAAAAAAAAAAAGUUGAAAUGAAAGAAUGAAACCUUGUGAACUCUUAUCGGGAGUUUAUCUUGUAUAGUUGCAGGAAUUUGAAACUUCUGCAAAAGUGUAAUGUUGUACUUAAUUAUGCUGAAACUUUUUAUAAAAGUAAUGUAAAUUGUACCUUUUUUAUACAAAAAAUAAAUCAAAAACACAA